UUUGCUGCCGCAGCUGCUGCUUGCCUUGGACGUGUGCGAGACUGCGAGUACUGGGAUGCAUCCUUAGCUCCUCACACCGUAUUAUUAAGCCAGCAAGGCACAGAAAUAUCACUGCAACGGAAUCUGAUCUCACCCCGACAAAACGGGAUUACGUCACGACCUGAAGAGACAACAAAGUCGGCUGACGAAUGAUUGUUGAGAAGUUGAGAGUCUCAUCAUGGCAGAACAGCAGCGGCAGCGUUCCCUCUCCACAUCCGGAGAAACACUUUACCACGUGCUGGGUGUCGACAAGCUGGCUACACCCGAUGACAUCAAAAAGUCCUACAGAAAGUUGGCGUUGAAGUACCACCCGGACAAGAACCCGGACAACCCAGAGGCGUCCGAUAAGUUUAAGGAGAUCAACAGUGCCCAUGCCAUCCUGACUGAUGCCACCAAGCGCAACAUCUAUGACAAAUAUGGUUCUCUUGGCCUGUAUGUGGCAGAGCAGUUUGGGGAGGAGAAUGUCAACACCUAUUUUGUCUUGUCCAGUUGGUGGGCCAAGGCUUUGUUUGUGCUCUGCGGAGUGGCCACGGGCUGCUACUUCUGCUGCUGCCUGUGUUGCUGCUGUAACUGCUGCUGUGGCAAGUGUAAACCCAGGCCUCCCGAGGGCCACGACGCAGAGUUCUACGUCUCCCCUGAGGACCUGGAAGCUCAGAUGCAGUCAGAUGAGAGAGAGGCUGGAGGUGGUGAUCCCAUAGUGCUGCAGCCCUCUGCCACCGAGACGACCCAGCUGACGUCAGACGGCCACCACGCCACCUACCAUACCGACACCGGCUUCAAUUAACGUGUCUGCAUCUCCAGCCUCCGCUCAUGGCCCCCAGCCCCCUCCUCCUCCUCCUCCUCCUCCUCCUCCUCCUUCCUGCUCCUCCUCCCGGCUCCAAACAAGAGAUGACGAGCUCGAGGAACAAUUAGUCCAAAAGAUCCAACGUGCCAAUGACAACGGUGCACAAGCUGAACUUUUAAAUACAUUCACCACCCCCUCCAUCCCCCCACUUUCCCCAACUCCCUAUCUACCCAACCCAAGCCAACCUCCAUUCUGCCUUGUCUACGUACGUUUCCACAGAGGGGAGUAGGCCCGUGUCAGUGUUGCAAAAAGAUGAAAGAUAUGUUGUUUGCUCUCCUAUCUUUUUGCUGCCUUUCCAGCCCAACCUCCAAUGCCUCUCCAGUCCUGAUGUGCCGUGGCAUGUGUUUGUUCAUUAGCUAGAGGUUUUUUUUCUCACGUCUGUUUUUGUAGUGGUAGAUGUUUAUGAAGAGGGUAUGUUGUGGCCAUUCACUGCAUAUGAUCAUGUUGUGUUAAGCUGAUGUUGUGUCUUGGGAGCACAAUAGGGUAUGUGCCCUGGAACGACUGGACUGGACGUAGUUGUGAGCAAGUGAGCGUCUUGGUUCUAGAUCAGAGAGGUAAAACUGAUAGUUUCUUUUAUUUUUGUGGGGUUUUUUUUCGGUUUGAUUGUUGUUUUUCAUUCCCAAAGUUGCAUGCUGUCUUUUCAUGUGCUUCCCAGGGUUUUGCCAAAAAACCUACACCUGGUAGCCAGACCACACACACUCAUACAUGCAACUUGCAGUAUACCAUUUCAUGCCAAAACACUGCUUGUCCUUCACCACAAGUUCCUACAAGUAUCCUAUACUGUCUUACACACAAAUCAUAAUAAGCUUGCCUGCAGAUUUAACUGGACUUGACUUCUCAGCUGUUCCAAAUGAUUUAAUGGAGCCUUUAACUUUCCUUUUUCUUUUGCCAUGUCUUUAUUCACUUUAAUAUUUACAACACCAGAGAGACUUUAGGGUGCUGUUGUACAUGGGGUACAAAAAAGGGCCAUUUUGAUGGGUGAAGGAACGUUACAAAGCUCUCGCCAACAAACAGAUCAUGCUGACAUUUAUUGACAGUGAGAUCCGGAGGGUGUUACCUGUGAAGGGGCUAGUUCAACCAGAUGAAUUAGGGAAGUCGUACAGAUAGCAGGUAUGUGGUUUGUCAAGUUAGUUGGGCAUGCUUUUUGUAUUAGUCACAUCUAAGCGACUCCGUAAUUAUUGCAUUCGUUGCGUGUGCGUGACGUUUUUGGGUCUCUGAGUCGUCUCACUUGUCGGACCUGAACCUGAAUCUGCCCACUGCUCCUGUUAGCUGUCGUCACUCUUCGAGAAGCAGUACGUGUGUUGUUCCUACCCCACCUGAGGGGUGGAAAAAUAUGCAUAUGGAAAUAAUUAUUAACAAAAUGUUACAUGUAUAGAUAUACAAUAUACACAUAUGCAGGAUGUGUCUGUAUAGUAUAUAUGUAUAUUUUGCUCAUUUUCUGUUGUUUGAUAUUUUUUUAUCCAUUCAUAUUUAUAUAUGUGAAUUUCUAUUUCAUGUGACUGUGGUUGGUUUUACUGUCCUUGUGAGUGACACACCUCUCUGAUUGGUGGAAGUCUCAACAACCACUAAAUGGAAACUUACAAUAGUGUGCAAGUCCCGGCACAUGCCAGGGUUAUGUUUUCUUGUGGCAUCUUGGUGUUUUGUGCAUCUCAUUUCGAUUACUACCAGGCUUUAUAGAUGCUUCAAAUAUAUCCACAGUUUCUGCUCACUUACUGACGCUGUUUCAUGGAACUAACUUUUCCAGUUGGGCACAGGCAAAAGGGGUUGCAAAAUUAUGUAAGGGUUGUGAGCUUACUUUGAUCCGACAUUUUCCUGCCUGUACACUCUCGGCGUACUGAUUCUUUAGAUGUGAUAUUUAUUGGCUAUUGUGCUUUCCAUCUGUUGGAGAUAUGCCUGGUGAUUAUUAGAAGAUUAACCAAACAGGAAGAUCAUAUUAAAAACUUGGGAGUGCAACAUUAACAGUAAGAUUAGGUUUUGUCAUACAUUUGUAUGCACAGUAAUGACAAUGCUCCUGUCCCAACGCACGUUUAUGGUUUCAUAUGUCUGAAUCAUAAAUCCAAACUGUACAAUGACAAUGAGGAGUUGUGACAUGGCAUGCAAGAACAGUCGUAUCACAUCAUUUUGUGUUCCGUUGAUUGAGUUUACGUCUUUGUGACAGUUUGGUGAUUUUUCAAUGUCUGCAGCCAAGGAUCGCCUUUCUGAUAUCUUCAUACAGUGACAAAUGUUUAGUUUCAUACCACAUUAAGUUCAACUCGUUUGCCUGUUUUCCCUUCUGAAACCAGAUAAAAUAAUCAUGAGAGUUUAUUGGGUGUAUUGUAGGUGUAGUUUUCAUGUUUGUAAAGUGGAAUUCCUACAUACCAUGGGACAGCCCCCAGUACCACUUAGCCACCUUCUUAACAAAAUAAUAUCUAUUACCGCCACUAUGAGCAGGAUUCUGCUUAUUUCAGAAUAUAUAUAAAAAGUUUUGUUUACUUUUAUUUUUAAAUAUGUCCACUGUUGGACAAUGUUGUAAAUGACCACAGACACCAGCCAUAUUCAGCCAUACAUAUUGUGUUGUUUGUGACAUGCUAAUGAUGUGAGUUUGAACGUUUUAUGAGUUUGUGAGCACUUUUUUGCCACUGGUGGUUGUUGCCAAUUCUUGGUCAUUUUUAACAUGAUUCAUUCCACUUCAGCCAUGCUCCCCUUCCCCAUUUUGAGUCUGGGUGGUCAUUUCAGUCCGCUGUACCUUCCACCACUCACACACACACAUACACACACAGUAACCUCCCCUGAACCCCUGAACCACCUGUUAGCCACUAAGCUUCUUUAUCGAUAUGUUGGGAAAAAUGCAACUUGUUAGUCAAAUGCAAUGUGUAAAAGAGAAGUGUAUUGUACUGGAGAAAAAAAAAUCAGGACAGAGAUUCUUCUGAAAAACAGAUACAGUGCUCAGUGUGAUAAUAGUGAUAUGGUAAGUUGAUGCGUUUUUUAAUUAUUUUGUUUUGUCUGAGAAACUGUCCUAGCUUCAAAUUGUAUGUAAUUUGGAUGUGGCGAAGCUAUGCUACCCAUGGUCUCUUGGUUAAGGUCUUAUGUACAUACACUGAAAUAUGAGGUAUAAUAACAGACCUUUAUGUUGUAGCAUGGUAAUUGUAUGUCUGAAAGAGAAAAAAAACAUUUAUCUGAUUUGCUGUUGUAAAAUAAAU